UGGUCAUGUGACCAAAAUAUGAGUCAAAAUGGCGUACUUAGAGGUGUAACUUGUUUUUAUUUCGUUAGUCCUAGAGGAUUUAGAUCUAUUAUUUAUGCAGAACGCCCAAGUUUACACCCGUAUCAUUCGUAAAGGCUAAUUAUUGAUGAGCUAAAUAAUAAACCUACUUCUUCACCAUGUCAAUGAGAGAUGUAAAAGUUUGUCUAUUAGGGGAAUCGGGUGUUGGUAAAUCUAGUAUUGUGAUGAGAUUUGUUGCAGACAAAUUUAAAAAUGCUCUUGAAAGCACAAUAGGGGCAUCCUUCAUGACUAAAACAAUCUUUGUUGAAGGAAACACUUACAAGUUUCAAAUCUGGGACACAGCAGGCCAAGAAAAGUAUCGAGCUUUGGCCCCGAUGUAUUACAGAGGCUCAGCGGCUGCCAUUAUUGUUUAUGAUGUGACGAGAGAGACAUCAUUCCAUGCAGUCAAAGGUUGGGUUCAUGAGCUACAGAGACAUGGACCUUCAAAAAUUGUGAUUGCCAUUGCUGGAAACAAAUGUGAUCUCGAGGAUCUACGAGAAGUCAGAGAAAAAGAUGCCCAGGAAUAUGCUCAUGAAAUUGGGGCCAUAUUUUGUGAGACCAGUGCCAUGACAGCUGUGAAUAUUGCUGAACUUUUUGAUGCUAUUGCCAAAUUGUUACCUCCUGAAGAUUUACUGGGAACGUCUAAUCAGAUGGGCGGAGGAAGUACUGUUAACCUGCGGAACAAUGCCGCUAAGAAAAAAAGCAAGUGCUGUAGCGGCUCUGACACUGAGGCAGCCAGUCAACAGCCAGUGCGGCGGAGCUUAUCAACUCCCAGGGGCAGUUCUUCUGUCACAUAUCCAUCCUGAUCUUGGUGUAGAUUCUAUAAACUUAUCUGGCCGGUAUGUCUGUCUAUAACAUGUACAGAGACAGACAGAUAUAUCAUACUUUUAUAUCGGAAUCACUUAAAUGUGUAUUAAAAACAUUUUAAAGUCCUUUAAAAAAAAUUACAUCUUUAAAAAAAAAUUUUGGUGAAAGUAUAUAAAAAUCUAUAACAUAAAUAAAAUAUAUGAUGUGGAAAAAAAAAAAAAGCAAAUGCCACAGAACAAAAAAUGUUUAGGUUUUUCCUGUGUUAAAUUUUUAAAACAAAACUUGAGAAAAAAUAUUUAAAAAAAACUUGUAUUAAUUGUUUUAAAUGUGUAAUGUUCUAAGCAAAUAAUAUAUAUUACAAUCAGUACUCCGGUUGUUUUUAAGACAGUAGAAUGUGGCCAUUGACAAAGAUUGCGAUGAAAUUUAUAUGACAUUCCACAUUAAUCUGCCGUUGAUGCAUUUCUCGAAUGAUGUAAUUGUUUCUUAGAGAGCACUCUGAAAUGUUUAUUCUUUGAGGUGCCAAAUCUUAACAAAAAUAAAUGACAGGUUUCUAAUGAUCCUCUGAUUAUGUGAGAUUGAACUAUGGAUUUUAAAGGUGAUUUUUAAAUGACAUUUUAAAAAUAUGUUUUAUCCAACAUACUUGUGUGUAUAUAUAUAUAUAUAUAUAUAUAUAUAUACAUCCUCUCAAUAAUUUAUUCAGAUUCUUUCAUGGUCUUCACUGUUUUGAUAUUUGUUUACACAGUUUUAUAAUAUUGCGUAUGUAUAGUUGGGUUUUGUAGGGUUUUUACCAUCACUGAGAUUGUGUUUUAUUGCAAUGUAAGUAUAUCAACUGAGAACAAGUUUCACCUUGAAAAGAAUUAAUGUUAAAAAAGUUUAUUUAUAGAAUUGUUUUCUCUAAAAUAAUGCAAUAGAAGAAAGUCUUGAUGCUGUUCUGUACAGCAUCUGUUGAAUACACAUUUUAUUUUUUUCAUAUCUAUUCACAAAUAUUUUUGACAUGAAAAUGUAAAUAGAUAGCUGACACAACCAGAGAAGCAAAGAAAAAAAAAGUUACUGUCCAUAAAUAAAAUUCCAUAUUCUUUUGUGAAUAACUUUGUUAUUACUGUCUUUUUUUAAAUGCAUUUAUAAUGUAUAAAAAUUUUUAUAUAUUAUAUUUAAUUAUUCGUCAGUAAUUUUUGUUAUUUGAUAAUCGGCAUGAAGAAGUAGCUUAUAGCGAUACUAAAUAGUUAUACUGAUAUGAAAAGAUUUGUUCUCCUGCUGUAUUGUUUCGAAUGUUUUUAGGAUUGUUUUAAAACUCAUCCUUUAAAAAUAUAUUGGUAUAUGAGUUUGUCAUCCAAUUGAAGCAAAUGCCUAAAUUUAGUUGCCAUUAGGCCAGUUGGCUGCUUGGUCGUGUGGGGAGUGGCUCGGACUGUUGCCUUGGUGGUUCUGAGCUCAGACACAACCCAUUAUCAUUUUCAGCCAUCCUGCAGGCUGGGAUGUAAUGAUCUUUAUUCCUGAAAGAUAUUCCAAAAUUUGUUAAACAAACAAGUGUCAUGCAAUGAAGUAGAAGAUAUUCCUUGAGAAGCUAUCAGUCUUAUGUGCUGACUUAUUGUUCUUUUAAAAUAGGAAAAUAGAAUUUUAACUACAGUCACAAUCAAUAAAUGUCAUUCUUCCUUAGUUGUUAUCUACAUGAUGUAAGAAUGUCAUUCUGUUAAAAGGAUUUGAACAAGUCCUGCUAAUUCAUGUGUAAAUAUAUCAGGGAUACAUGUAGACUAGUUUUUAGUUUUCACUUGUAUGUUUGUUUUUUCUGACUAUAUCUCAGAUAUUCACAUUGAAUACCUCAAUGAAUAAGAUUUGUUAAAUCACAAAAACUUCGAAAUGGUUGUCACUUGAACAAAGUUUGAAAUGUGUUGUAUGUUUUCAGUAGCUUUUUAUGAAAGUUUGUUAGUAUUUGACUAAACUCUCAACUUUAUUAACUCUAUGUGUACUGCAGGUUUGUUAGUGUGUGUGAAUAAACACUCAACUUUUUAAACUCUGUGCCUGCAGGUUUGUUAGUGUGUGAAUAAAGACGCAACUUAAUUAACUCUAUGUGUACUGCAGGUUUGCCAGUCAUGUAUAUAGUCACAGUUCCAAAUCAUUCAAUUAUGCAAUGAAAGCACUUUCCUUCUUCACCUUGAGUCGUGGUGGCUGAAUGGAUCACAAGGUCUGAAAGGGUUACCUUUAUCCUUUUACUAAUCUUCACCUUGAAAAUCUGGUUACAUUGUGGCUUGUCUUGGCCUAAGCUUGAUUUGUAACCUCACUGAGUCUUUUUUUGACCGCUGUGUUGACUUUUCUUUUUAUUGUGUUUUGAAAACACUCAAAGCUCCAUUCCAAAAAGAUGAGUGAAUUUUGAUCCAGUAAAAUUGUUGAUCACACUUUUUGAGCUCUUUCAUGGUACAGUUUUCCUUUAAAUUUGUCAUUUGGACAACGACUAUUAUCCAUAUAGACAAUUAAAUAUCAGUGACAUUUAAGGUCUGGUAUGGUAGGUUAUGUUGCCUGUUCACAUAACCAGAAUUUGAUUACAUCAAGUUUUAUAUAUUAUUUUUAAUGAGAAAAUUUCUGAAAGAAACACAUAUUUUCUAGUCUCUGGCCAUUCCUAAAGAAUGCUGAUAUCUUGUGUCUGGAGUAGUUUGGUGCAGUAACUCAAUCUUUUGUUUUUAUAUUGAUAUCUAGAAAUACUGCAUGCUUUAGGGAAAAGAGACAACUUUUUUACAAGUUUUUGCUUAAGACAAUCUGGGCACCUUGGUCAGGUUGACAUAUUGCAAAGCUUCACUCUGUUUUUAUGGAAAAAAAAAGAGUUAAAUAAUGUUUUUAUGGAAAAAAAGAGUUAAAUAAUGUUUUUAUGGGAAAAAAAAAAGAGUUAAAUAAUGAUUUUAUGGGAAAAAAAAGAGUUUAAAAAACACCUCUAAUGCCCUGUAUGUUGACUUUGUAAGUUAUCAAGAACUUGGUACACUUACUAAUGAACUUUUUAGGGCAGACCUUAAUUUGUUAAAUGCUUUUCUUUAUAAGGAUGAUGUACGGAUUGAAUUUAAAAAUUCAGAACCAAAAAGAUGUACAUGUACCAGAAACAUGUACAGCUGUUCUUUUAAGUUAAAUACAAUUUUACAGCUGUUCCCUUUGUUCAUAAAAUGUACAGCUGUUCUUUAAUAAGUCUAAUCUUGUUGCCUGCUCCUGCCUGGUUGUGACCGAGGUAAAACUCCUUGUUGCUGCAUAUUGUUUGAUAUGCAAAGCUAAACUAUCGCUGUUAAUAUGUGCACCACUUAUCUCUCUUGUUAUGGUCAGAUGGUCAUUGCUAUUUUCUAUUGUGCAUGUGUUUACCGAAUGUAUGUUCAGAAUAAACCUUGAGAUUGACAGUCCAUUGUGGGAGCAUGUUUUUUUUUUGUCUGUCUUAAAUUUUUUUAGAUGAAGCAUAUCAAGGAAAGAGAGUGUUGAUAAUUACAUCAGUGGUUCCCAAACUUUUUCCUUAAGGGAACCCUUCGCACAUUCUGAGUAGUUGGCGGAACACUUUGCUUAUUUUUUAUAAAAGUUAAUUCACCAGGUGACCUACUAGUUAAUUAUUCCAUUAUUUUGUGGAAAACUUAUUCAGGUCUCGAGGAACACUAGGGUUCUGCGGAACACAGUUUGGGAAACACUGAUCUAUGUCUAACAUAUAGCUUAAAACUUGCUAAAGAAAACACUGACCUAUAUUGUCUGUUGCUGCUAAAACACAUUAAAAUACAGUUUUGUAAUGUGUUCAGUAUC